ACGGCGCUGACCCGUUGGGAGGGUUCGCCCGGGGACAUGAUUGUAAUGUUAAAGAUUUUCUGGGCCAGCACCUUUCCUUUUUACAUGACGUUCUACUUCUGCAAAGCCGCCCUCCUCGCUACCCUCUUCCAGCUUAUCCCCCCGUUUAUGAAAAAACGCCGCAUAAUUCUAUGGGCCGUCACGGGUUAUUGCGUCGCCGCCUUCAUCGUCUCCAUAUGCUACCACCUUUUCGGAUGCUUCCCGCCUUGGCUGUACUGGUCGAUCGAAGGCGCCACCUGCCCCCGCCUCUUUGGCCGCACCUCGUUUGAGAUCGGCUGGGCGCUGCACUUCACGGGCGACGUCCUCAUCUUCUGCGUGCCGUGGCUCUUUCUGCACGCGCUACAGCUCCGGCGCGCCAUGAAGGUGGGCAUCUGCUGCACGUUCCUGCUCGGCAUCAUCAACAUCGUCUUCUGCCUCGCCCGCUUCGUCGAGGUCGAGAGGGCGGUCAGCCCGACGGGCCUGUCCCUUAGCAUCGUGACGCUGUGGAGCGCGCUCGACUGCACCAUCUGCGUCGUCAUCGCCUGCCUGCCCUCGCUCCGGCCGUACCUGCGGUCCCGGAGCCAGGCCAACACGUACGCCGACCAGUACAACUACGGGGCGAGCGGGAAGAGGCGGUCCACGACGGUUCCAACCAACGCCACGAGCGCGACGCGGGCCGGAGGAGGCCCCAGCACGCUCCGCCGCGGCUCGGCGGGGUUCGAGCUCAUCGACGACGAGGGCGCGCCGGAGUCGUCACCCAGAACCAUGAACGUUUUGCGCAUGACCACGAUUCGGGUUCAGUCCGGGACUGCCUCGGGCGCCGGAUCUAGGGCCUCAUCCGGGUCUCAAAACGACCGCCACCUGGAGGGAGGCGAUGACGGCCAGAAGGGCGACAUCGAGCUGGUUUACGUGGCAAGUAAAGAGGCCGGUGGUCAGACCUGA